UUGGAUUUCUGCUCAAGGAAUGCGUAGCUUUUCUGGUCUUGUUAACUUGGUCAAGUUGGAUUUGGAGAGAUGUCCUGAGGUUCAUGGAGGCCUUGUUCAUCUCCAAGGCUUAAUCAAGUUGGAAUCUCUCAAUUUGAAGUGGUGUAAUUGCAUAACCGAUGCUGACAUGAAGCCUCUCUCAGGAUUACAGAAGCUUUCAAUGUUAAAUUUGGAAGGAUGCCUGGUAACAUCUGCAUGUUUGGGUUCUCUCGCAGAGCUUCCUGCACUGUCAAUCUUGAAUCUUAAUAGAUGUAACCUUUCAGACAAUGGAUGUGAAAAGCUUUCACAACUGAGAAACUUGAAGGUGUUAAACUUGGGAUUCACUGAUAUCACCGAUGCAUGCUUAGCACACGUGCAAGGAUUGACAAAGUUGGAGAGCUUGAUCCUAGAUUCAUGUAAAGUUGGUGAUCAUGGAUUGGCCAACUUGGCAGGCCUUCAGAAAUUGAAAUGUUUGGAAUUGUCUGAUACGGAAGUUGGAAGCAAUGGGUUGCGUCACAUAUCAGGAUUGUCUAGCCUGGAGAAAAUAAACCUGUCAUUCACUGAGGUUAAUGAUAUUGGCUUAAGGAAAUUGCGUGGCCUCUCAUGUCUAAAGUCUCUAAAUUUGGAUGCUCGCCAUAUUACUGAUGCUGGAUUGGCAGCUCUUACAAAUUUGACUGGCCUUACUGAUCUUGAUUUGUUUGGAGCAAGAAUAACAGAUUCUGGAACUAACCAUUUGAAAAACUUCAAGAACCUAAGGUCCCUGGAAAUAUGCAGUGGAGGCUUGACUGAUGCUGGUGUGAAGAACAUCAAAGAACUUACAUCUCUGAUGUUCUUAAAUUUAUCACAAAACGGCAACCUUACAAACAAAAGCCUGGAGUUGAUUUCUGGCCUGACUGGGUUGAUAUCUUUGAACGUUUCAAAUUCUCGCAUCACCAGUGCUGGGUUGCGGCAUUUGAAAACGCUCAAGAACUUGAGAUCUCUGACCCUGGAAUCAUGUAAAGUGACUGCAAAUGACAUCAAGAAACUUCAAUCCACAGAUCUACCAAAUCUGGUCAGCUUUCGGCCUGAGUAGGCAGAGAACCACCCCUCCCCCCCUCUUCCCUCCCCCCGGGGCUCUGUGAUAUGUUUGUAUAUAUGUAUAUACGGUAAUGAUUGGAAGGUGGUACUGGAAGAAGAGCUUAAAUUGUACAGAGAUUAAUGGAUGGCGUCUUCUCGUGGUCUCAGGCUUUUCUUUCAUAUUAUCAUGAUGUGUUACAUAGCUCGUGGCAAUUGGCAAGUAAUCUCUGUAAUAAGAUGACGGGUGAUUUCUGUCAUUACCCGAUCUACUGCGCAGACAGCAAUAAAGAGUUGGAUUUUAAAUUUUUUUAUU